AUGGCACCGAACACCAGGUCCUACAGUCUUUCUCCAUGUUCGAUUUCGUUCUCGUAUCGGUCUGCUUUCUGCCUUGGCCCUUCGACGUCCACGAUGGCUGGAAUGCGUUUCUGCCAAAGUGGCAGAAUUCUAAUCUGUUCUAGAGACAGUCUCAUGAUGCGGAUACAAAAAACCUGA